AAUCCUGUACAACAUUUAAGAAACGCUACUCAAGAGGGUGCCUCAAUCAAUCCUCUCAUACGAAUUUCACUGUUUUCUUGUUUCUUCUUCUUGUCAACCCGUCAAUUGCAUCCGGAGCUCCGGAGAAAAUAUGGAUCGGACGCAACUUUUGUUGGUGGGUCUACCCCUCUUCCUCUUCUUCUCCGACAUCUUCAACCUCUUUUCGCCCCCUCCGUCGAAACCCGCCGCUCAUCACCACCAUCAACCCGUUUCACAGCCACUAAUCCAACAACAACAGCCGUCCCUUGAGUUCCCCGCUCAGAAAGCUACUGGAAUUGGUUUCGGAAACACUGUUAGCAUUGACUUCUGUUCUUCCUGUUCUUACAGAGGGACUGCAGUCACGAUGAAGAAUAUGUUAGAAAAUCAAUUUCCUGGAAUCAAUGUUGUCCUUGCAAAUUACCCUCCUCCUCUACCUAAGCGCAUGUUGAGCAAACUGGUACCAGUUGUUCAGUUUGGUGUGAUUGGAAUUAUAGUGGGCGGUGAACAAAUUUUUCCAAGAUUAGGAUUUGCUGCACCACCCCAAUGGUACUAUUCCAUGCGGGCAAAUAGAUUUGGGAGUAUGGCAAGCACUUGGCUACUCGGAAAUUUCCUUCAGUCUUUCCUGCAGAGUUCAGGUGCUUUUGAAGUGUACUGUAAUGGUGAAUUGGUAUUCUCUAAACUAAAGGAGAAUAGGUUCCCUGGGGAGAUAGAAUUGAAAGAUCUUGUUGCUAGAAGGAUUGCUAGUUCAAGAGUGGUAGAUGGCCUUCACGGAGGGCACUGGUCCUAGAAGGUUAGAAUCAUACGCAACAUAUUUCCAGGUUUAGAGUGGAGCCCGCAGUUCUGGAGCUUGACCAUCAUAUAGAACUACUAUUUUUAUGAUCAACUUGUCUACUGGGUGCAAUUUGGAGCCAGUUUUGUAUAAGUCGUAACUUGUUUGCCUACAAGGCAAAUGAUUUUAGUACAUGAAUGCUAAUGCUAAAGUUUCACCAUUGGGCCGAAUUCUGAGAAGAAGAAAAAACUUUCAUAAUUGCCAUUUUUUCUGAAA